AUGUCUGAUCGAGAAUUCAACUCAAAUGACGACCUGUCGCUGCCAAAAGCGACGGUCCAAAAAAUUAUUACCGAGAUCCUUCCUCCCAGCAUGGGCCAAACGUUCUCUAAGGAUGCGCGCGAUCUACUGAUGGAAUGUUGUGUCGAAUUCAUCACUCUCAUUUCUUCUGAGGCAAAUGACAUUAGCGAGAAGGAGGCGAAGAAGACUAUUGCCUGUGAACAUGUGGAGAAGGCGCUUCGCGACCUUGGCUUCGCGGACUACAUCCCCGAUGUGCUUGCAGUAGCGGAAGAGCAUCGUGAACAACUCAAGUCACGGGAGAAAAAGCAAAGCAAGAUGGAGCAAAGUGGUCUAUCCGAAGAAGAGCUCCUCCGGCAACAACAAGAGCUAUUCCGGUCUGCAACAGAAAAGUACAAUGCAGGCCCUGAAUGA